CCCGCCAUCCCGACUCUCUUCAAGGUUUACUGAGGGUAAGUGUGGUCUACGGAAGUGUCCAAGUUGUUUCUUUGAGUUCCUGGAAGGGGAGGCAUGAUGAUUUUGGUUGGAUUUGAUGGGAACGAGCUGGAUGCGUCUGUGUGGACUUGGAUGACCCAUGAAAGCUUCUGGUGACCCAAAACUAAUCUGUCACGAUUCUAGUCGAACUCGCUCGACCAUUUCGUUUUCAUCCGCAAAAUGUCAACCAAAGCUGUCCAGACGUUCGGUAAAAAGAAGACCGCAACUGCGGUAGCCCAUGCUAAGGAGGGCCGUGGACUCAUCCGCAUUAACGGCUCACCCAUCAACCUCGUCCGACCAGAGAUCCUCCGCUUCAAGAUAUAUGAACCUGUUCUUGUUGUUGGCGAGGAGUCUUUCUCACUUCUGGACAUCCGCGUCCGCGUAAAGGGAGGAGGUCACACCUCGCAGAUUUAUGCUAUCCGCCAAGCGAUUGCAAAAGCCGUCGUUGCUUACUACUCCAAAUACGUCGACGCUUACAGCGCGAUGGAGUUGAAGAAGAAGUUGAUCGCGUAUGACCGGACGCUCCUCAUUGCGGAUCCUAGACGGAUGGAACCCAAGAAGUUUGGCGGUCACGGUGCACGCGCUCGCAGACAAAAGAGCUACCGGUGAAGAGUGUUGGAUAUUUUCUUUGCGUUGCUAUGUUACACUGCCACUCUUGUUAUGCCGUACAUACGAUAAAAACCUUUAUGGCUAUGCAUCCUUCUGGAGAAAGGCUUCCUCUGGCUUGGAGCAUGUAAACUGCCGCUACGUUGGCGAGCUGUAUCGAAUUUGAGUUCGGGUUUGACUCGCUACACUACUUGAAUAGCUCAAGUAUUCUACGUCAAAGUAUGCACAGCAUGCAUGAGAAAAACAUGCCCGAGCAUCGAUUGCGG